UCUGGAGCAGGAAUGUUGCCCACAGCCGGGUUCUGGCUUCUGCCGCUGAUUCUCUGUGGGAUUCCCUUCCUGGAUGCCGCCGAUCUCUGCCAGCCGGUGGGAUGGCGCAGCUUUAAGUGCAACGAGCUCUCUUCACUGCAGGAUCUAGUGGGCUUGGGGGCUGAGAACUGGCACCAACUCAGCAUUCGGAAUGAACAAACAGAACUGGAGGUGGGUUCAGGCGACACAGCUAAUCACCUGGGCAACCUGGUGGAACUGGACUUAAGUGCUGCUAUUCCCAUCAAUAUUCAUAGCGGUGGCUUCUCCAUUUUGCCCAAUUUGCGGUAUCUAAACCUCAGCAGUUGCGGUCUCACCAACAUUCAGGGUAACCACUUUGCUGCUGAGUCAUCCCUCCAGCGGCUUGAUUUUAGUCACAAUCAAAUGGAGAUUCUCGAUCGGGACUUUUUUGGUAAUCUGCGGAAGUUAAUUUAUGCAAAUUUCUCGCACAAUUCUCUGACAAAAUGCGAUCUGCCUCACAUGCCACUGCUCAAUCGCCUGGAACUGGGCCACAACCGAUUGAUCAAUGCCACCUUCGGUGUGUGUCCGCAGCUGCAGGAACUGAUCCUGAAUGAUAACCAGCUGGAGCAGUUGGACGUCAAUGCUUUUCGCGGUCUCCAUGGUCUGCUGCAGCUGGAGCUUAGUGGCAACAAGUUGACCUCCAUCGGUCAGGAAACCUUUCAGCCACUGAAUCAGCUGCGUAUACUUAAUCUCUCAAGGAACUCAAUCGGUGCACUGCGUCCCAAUGUGUUUGGUGCUGUUCAGAACUUUGUGCUCCAUUUGCAGGAGCUUGAUCUGUCCAGUAAUCGCAUGCGCCUGCUGUUCGACAACCAGUUCCGGGUUCUGGCCAGGCUACAAGUGCUGGAUGUGUCCAGGAACAGCAUAGCCAGCCUAAGUCCGGGUCACUUUGUGGGUCUCGGAUCGCUUCGUAAGCUGUAUUUGCAAAACAACGACAUUCUGGAGAUCAAGCCAGACACAUUUUCGGCUUUGGUUAAUCUGGAUACGCUGGAUUUAUCAUUCAAUAGCCUGGAGUUCCUCGAGGAGCAGAUCUUUGGAAGCAACACCUUGUCGCGCAUGCGCAAGCUUAACCUCAAUGCUAAUCACCUGAAGAGGCUGCAUCCGCUGGCUUUCUCAUCGCUGCCAUUCCUGGAAUACCUCUCGCUGGGACACAACGAACUGAAGUCCUUGGAUGUGCGCAUGUUUGCUCCGAUGCGUCAUCUUCAGAAACUCCACCUGGGACACAAUCUGCUGGAAGAGAUCGGUCUCGAUGUGCUCGAAAGCCUGAGCAGCGUGACCGAGGUCCUGGUGGAUAACAACCGCCUGACCUUUCUGGCCAAGGUGAACGUGAGCUUCCCGAACCUGAAGCGCGUGGCAAUCGAAGGCAAUCCAUGGCAGUGCCCGUGCUUCGUGAAGCUCCAACUUUGGCUGGCCACCCGGAAUGUUGUCUAUUUGCGUGAGAAUACGGGCUACUAUAAGGGAGAGCGACCCCUCUGCAUCGUGACCACAGUGGAUUACUGCAUCCAGAAUCUGCAGACAGUGCGGAGACUUAAUAUUCUAGGGGAUUUCCAGGGCGAGCAGGUGCAGGCAGAUGUCUUCGAGGAAGACGCGAGUGCAGCCCAAGACUGAUACUUAAAGGUGUUGCCAUUAUAAUUUAUCAAUAAAUUGUUUUAAAAGUUUCAUUAAAUCAUU